GUUAUCUUAAGACAUAUAUGAGACCAUGCUAUGCUGAACUACAGGGUUUUUUUUGGGCUGAAGUUUCCUCCUCAAGUAAACUCAACUCAGCGGUAUCAUCGCACCACUAAAUUCAUGUAAAUUUUGAAACGUAUGGGGUGAAGAGAUUUUGUAAGUAAGGCAACGAACCCACUGGCUUAAGGACACUCCCCUCCUUUGUUUUUGUCCUCUUGUCCCCUCUCCUCCUUUGACUUACUUUAGUUUGCCACUAGUGGAUACUAUCAGGCCCAAGACUGGCAUUAUUCGCACGUUCACAACGCUAUACUGGGCCCAUUCGGUGAGCUAAUGACCGAGGAUGACCUCAUCCGCAUCGAGAGGCAGAUGGAAAACCUGCAGGUCAUGCACAAAGUGACAGAGGUCGAGAAAGAACUGGAACAACUGGAGCAAGAGUUGAAGCAACUCCUCCCUGUGUCUGCAGCCUUGAAUCAAGGAAACUUCUCAGUACACCCCAAACAGGUUCAUGGGCAAGCGGAGGACUUGCCCGCAUGGUGCAGCAAGAUCUCCACGCUGCUCAAAAGCAUGGCCAUCCUCCUUGCCACUCUGGGGGGAGGUAAGGAGGUUGACGUUUUCGAGAUGAUUACUCAAGGAUAUGAGGGUCUGAAGAGCGGAAAGGAAAUUUCAAAUUCUGUAGCUUCUGGGAACAUCGGCCGCUCUCAAUCGUUCUCCACUCGAGAAGAUGUGGAAAAGGAGAUUAAGCAGUGUGGUGUGUCGGUGAAGAACCUGAAAGCCAAUUAUGAAGUUCAUAACCAGUCAAAGUGUGAGGACUACAAACGGAACCGCACAUACAAGCGUACAAGCUCCUUGCCAGUGGUCAGUGAAAGCAGCCACCCACCAGAACCAAUUCUGGAGGAUGAUUUGCUGUUCUCUCUAAGUGAAAGCCUCUAUCAAGUGGGAGAUGAGCUACUGUUAGAGCAAGAUUCAAGUUUACCACUGGUUGUUGAAGAACCUAUAAUACAGUCCCACGCCACUUUGACAUACACUGAGCCUGAGAGCCCAUCAGCCUUGGAAGAGCACGAUGCCCGUCUUGACCUCUCUGCAAGUCCUGCACCAAACUCAGAGCAACUAACACGUAGUCUAGAGGUGCAAACAGACCUGAGCUAUGUUCAGGAGUGCAUUGAAAUGCGAAAGGAGAGGAUUGUGUUUCUGUUUCUGGAACACUGGAGAAAAUAUACCAUGACUGAAUCCUACAAGUGUGCAGGAAGAGGAAAAACUCUGAGCGUUGAAGCAAACAAUUCCCAUUCCCUGUAUUAUCACAACUUAGCUGAUCCAGAUGUCACCAUGCAGACAGACGAUGACGAGCUGCUACAUUUCAUGAAACAGAGACAGGUGGUGGGAAAUCUUCUUGGCCACUGGAGGACCAUCAUAAGCCAGGUGCCCACACGGCAAAUCCGUAGACUGAGCCGCGCUCACAUGGUGUACUGGCCCGAGCACUUCCUUCCUCACAUCAAUGGGUCACCUGUUCAAUAUGAGAGUCUAACCCUUGACCUCUUCAUGCUUGGUUACUUCCAGCUCCUUGAGAUGAACAUGUCCCGGACAGAACGGAAAUUUCGUCACUUACUUUGCUAUGAGAUGUUCGACCGACUUGGCAGCCACCCGUGGGAAGUGAUCCGUCAGUUCCACCGAGAGGUGAUGGAGAGCAUUGAGGCAGGGAAACUCGAUUGGUCUGAUGGAUUUGAGGAUAUCAAAGUGAAGUAUUUUGGUGACUCUGUUGAAGACGGAGGACUGCUAGAGGCAGCAGAGCUCACUCUACUUCCUGAUGUUCUACAAGCACCUAUGAACGCGUCACAAGUGGCACUACUUGAAGCAAACCCCUCGAGUACUUUACCUUCUAAAAUCUCCAGUGAGCACUCAGGACAAACUUCAGGAGAAGGCUCCAGACUGACGAAUAAACAAUGCUCUUCAGAGAGACCAACUGAAAACGUUGCUAAUGGCACAGCCUUACCGAACAGCAAUAUUGAGGUUCAGGUUCCACAUGAUGAACCACAGGAUGCACCACAACCAGAUAACACAACUAUUCACCCUACAAUAACAACUGAAAUUGCCCAGAACCAACCCACAUGCACUCAAGCUGUAAGCGAACAGUGUCCAGCAAGUACCAAAGAAGAGCCCACCGAAGACUCCAUCAAGCUUAUAUACGAACUUAAAGAGUUCAGCAAUGAGGAGAUUAUCAGAUAUAUUGACCGAAGCUUUGCCUUUUGGAAAGAGAAGGAAGCUGAGAUGUUUGACAUUUGACUGACUGGGUCAAACUGUUUAAUAGAUGAAGCACAAUGAGCAAGCUGAUAGAAUAAAAUGCUCGUAUUAAGCAGAUCAGCAAACAGGAUUGAUUGUUUGUUUGUUUUGGGAGACAGCAGAAGGUCUUGAAUGUCAAAGAAACUAAUGUUGAGCUAAACUGAAUGCAAACAACUGAGUCCUCUCAGCAUUUUGAAGCUAUAGAUAAUUGCUUCUUACUGAAUGGAUUUUUUAUUCAUAUUUGCUCAGUAACAUAAAAUGAAACAAAUGUAAGGUUUAGGAGAUGCAAAAACACCAUGAUAUAUGAAAGCUUUCUUUCUAACCUAAACAUUCUGAGUUGGAAUGUGAAAAGUUUAGAUCUAAAAA